AAGUGAACCUCAGUCAGUCGUCGACAGCGAGUGUUGAAAUGGCGCAGAAAGGAGUUCAGCUGGACCGGGAAUCCUUCUCUUGUUCCAUCUGUUUGGAUCUACUGAAGGAUCCGGUGACUGUUUCCUGUGGACACAGCUACUGCAUGGACUGUAUUAAAGCCCACUGGGACACAGAGGAGGAGAAGGAGAGCUACAGCUGCCCUCAGUGUAGGCACACCUUCACCUCGAGGCCUGCCCUGCUGAGAAACACCAUGCUGGAGACGGUACUGCAGGAACUGAAGAAGACCAGACUCCAAGCUGCUCCUGAUGAUCCCUCUUAUGCUGGACCUGAAGAUGUGGCCUGUGACUUCUGCACCGGGAGGAAACUCAAAGCCCUCAAGUCCUGUCUGCAGUGUCUGGCUUCUUACUGCCAGAAACACCUUCAGCCUCACUUUGAAUUCGCUCCAUUGAAGAAACACAAGCUGGUGGAGCCCUCCAAGAAGCUCCAGGAGAACGUCUGCUCUCGUCAUGAUGAGGUGAUGAAGAUGUUCUGUCGUACUGAUCAGCAGUCUAUCUGUUAUCUCUGCUCUGUGGACGAUCACAAAGGCCACGACACGGUCUCAGCUGCAGCAGAGUGGAGCGAGAAGCAGAGAGAGCUGGAGGAGAGUCGACUGAACAUCCAGCAGAGAAUCCAGGACAGAGAGAGAGAUGUGGAGCAGCUUGAACAGGAGGUGGAGGCUAUCAACGGCUCCGCUGAUAAAGCAGUGGAGCACAGUGAGGAGAUGUUCACCCAGCUGAUCCGUCUCAUGGAGGAACGACGCUCUGACGUGAAGCAGCGGGUCAGAUCCCAGCAGGAGACUGAAGUGAGUCGAGUCAAAGAGCUUCAGGAGAAGCUGGAGCAGGAGAUCAUUGAGCUGAAGAGGAGAGACGCUGAGCUGCAGAAGCUGGCACACACAGAGGACCACAACCAGUUUCUACAGGACUACCCCUCACUGUCAGGACUCAGUGGACCUGCAGACUCACCCAGGAUCAAAACCCGUCCUCUCAGGUACUUUGAGGAUGUGACAGCAGCUGUGUCAGAAGUCAGAGAUCAACUACAGGAGGUCCUGAGAGAGAAGUGGAUCAACGUCUCACAUGCAGUGGCUGAAGUGGAUACUUUACUGUCAGAACCACCAGAGCCCAAGACCAGAGCUGGGUUCUUAAGGUACUCACGUGGAGUCACACUGGAUCCAAACACAGCAAACACACAUCUGUUAUUAUCUGAUGGGAACAGAAGAGCAACACUGAAACAACAACAACAGUCUUAUUCUAGUCACCCAGACAGAUUCACUUGGUGGGGUCAGGUCCUGAGUAGAGAGAGUCUGAGCGGACAGUGUUACUGGGAGGUGGAGUGGAGAGGGAAAGGAGUUCGUGUAGCAGUCGCAUACAAGAAUAUCAGCAGAGCAGUGUGGUCAGAGGAUUGUCAAUUUGGAUUUAAUGAUAAAUCUUGGAUGUUAGAUUGUUACAACAACAGUUAUAACUUUUGGUACAACAAAGUGCAGACUCCUGUCUCAGGUCCUCGGUCCUCCAGAGUAGGAGUGUACCUGGAUCACAGAGCAGGUAUUCUGUCCUUCUACAGCGUCUCUGAAACCAUGACUCUCCUCCACAGAGUCCAGACCACAUUCACUCAGCCCCUCUAUGCUGGAUUAUGGGUAGGUGACAGUGCUGAGUUCUGUGAACUCCAAUAAAAACCUUCAAGUCCGUUCAGACCAAAUAUGAGCAACAAGAGGAUUUCAAAGCUGCAUUGUUCUGGUCUGAUGGUUCUCACUCCAAGAACUCUCUGUGCUUCAGGUCUUCAUGCCGGCUUUGUGAGUGUGUUUGUAGCUGCUGGUUUUGUAGACCCUUUAAGGCAGGGGUUCCCAAACUAUUCAGCCUGCGACCCCCAAAAUAUAGACGCCAAAGACUUGUGACCCCCACUGUCCCUCAAAGUGAGUUAAACAUGCUUCAUACUUCAUUUACUUCAUACUUCAAAAUGAGUUUACCUACAUGCACAUGUGUCUGUGUUUCCUGUGCUGCUGUAAAUUAACCUGCUGCUACUGAUCUUUUUGUUAAUGGACUGUUAGCUAACCCUGACCCUGACUUUAGGAGUCAUCAGGCAACAAAGAAAGGCAGAAAACUAAUGAAAUGUUCUUAUUUGCAGGGUUUUAUUUCAAAUGUAAACAUUUUUUGUCUAUAUUUUUACAAUAAUAGGGAAAAUAAGCACACAAAAAAUCUGGAAGACAUCUGGCGACCCCUCAGUUAGUGUCUCACGAACCCCCAGGGGGUCCCGACCCACACUUUGGGAACCCCUGAUUUAAGGGAUCAGGACAGUGAUUCUGGGUUAUUUGCAACAGUUGGGUUUUUCUAUUUUUGAUGAAGCUUCAAAAACAGAAAAAAAAUCAGCUCUGUGUGAAAUGUUUGUGUUCCACAGGAUGGGAAGAUCUUUAUUUGUUGUUUGCUUGUUGAUCACGCUUCAUGAAUUUUGAGACGAUCGUUAAAAUGAUGUUUGUUUUAUUUUUUUGAGACUUUUAUUUUGAAAGGGCUUCAGUGUGGGCAGGUUUUGCAGGUAUGAAGCGUCAGAAAAGACUCCAAAACAUGACAAAGUGAAAAGCAGGAGCUUCUUUCUGAUCCUAAAUCAAAGGAUGUAAAGUCUGCAGAUGAAAAUAUCAUCUCUAACAUGUCAUGAUGUUCAUGUUUCUACAUUCAGGAUCCUGUUUUUAUUGAGUCCAAUCAGCUGAUCAAACAAGUCCUUUUCAUUCUUUGUUCAACUGAUGAAGACUUUAAUACUCACAUCAAUAAUUAGGAUUGUUGGACUUCUCUUAGAUUGUACAGAUGAACUUUGUGACUUCAGGUUUGUUGCUGAUUGAGCUAACUGCAGCAGAUAUUCCUGUCUGCUUCUUUUGGAUCACUGGAUUUGUAAAGACGUCUACGCUCACACUUUUUUUUUGUGGCGGAUCCAAAUGUUGUUUUCCACAAAUGUAUGUACAGAUGAGGUUCAGUGAGGUUUGAUAGAAGUGUAUUAAUAAUCACAGGGAUUUGUAAACGUGGUUUUCUUUUUGGGACACAGCUGAGAUUCUGCUGAAGUGAACUGAUUGUGUAAGUGAAGUCAACCUGUACCUAAAAUCAUCCAAUAAAUCAAAGUGUGUCUUUAACA